AUGGCCCAUGAAAAUUUCGAGUCUUCUCCGCCCAAGUCGGCCAGCAGUGUUAGUCAAGAGGCACAUGAGUCCAGAGGACCAACAAGACCGAAACCCGCCCAAAAGGCUGAAGACCAACGACGCGGACGAGGCGACGCCGAGGGAAGCUCCAAUGGCGACUAUAUAAGCGACGACAAAAAAUCACCCACUCCGACCAACGAGUACAACUCACCCGAGCCACAACAACCGUCUAGAUCGGCCAAUAUACUUCCCAGCAUCGGGGUCAGUCACCAUCAAGGGCACAGCGAGGGCAAUGUGCCACCCCUAGAAGGCAUGAACGACACCACCGUCGACACCAUCGAGAGGGGCCCAAUCAGAACUAGUUCCGCAUGUCCCGAGCUUACCACUCUUGAGCGUCAUACCUCUUCUACAUCUUCAACACAAAGGUCCCGGGAAUCAAGCGUAGAGGACGACAUCAACAAUUCUCUCUUACCCCAUUCGGCUUCAUCUCCCUCGCCCUCGCCAAUCCAACCUCAAGAUUCCUCUCCCUCUCCAUCUCUGCUUCUCGCAGAGUUACCCUACCUCUCACCAACACCCGCUUCGUCGGCCACCGCUUCAUCCACACCUCCUGCCUCCAUCUGGGUCAAUUUCUCGCCGUCGUCUGCAUCCGGUUCUUCAUCUUACACGUCUAUCUCCGAAGGUGAUUCGGAGGACGAAGACUGGGACGAUGAGAUGUUCAAUUUGUGGAACGACGCACUUGAGCAAAAUCCGGGACCCCAUGUUGAUGUACUCGGACUGGUACUGGAAGCAGUGGUCAAUCCUCAUUGGCAGGGUCCCGCUGCUGCGGUCCAGGAGGAGGUCGAAGCAACCUUCGUCGACGACGGCGAGGGUGAGGAUAGCGACGGAGACGACCAUGACAGCGGAGAACACACCGAAAGUGGCAGCGAUAGCGAGUCUUCGCCUGGAACACCGUCACAGCAAGAAUUUCAGAGUUACAUUUGGUCUGAGCCUCGGGACCAGGAGCCCGAAGACACCUACUACACUAGCGACGACGAGGUCGAUAAUAGCGAUGAUUACGACGAUCCCGAGUGGGCUUUUGAAGAACAGCACUCGCUCGAAGCCCAGUGUAGGGUGCAAUAA